AUGGUGGUCUCACAGCGUCGUCAGUGCUGCAGUCAACUCAACACCGGCAGCGCUGCUGCUGAUGGCAUUGAUGGGCUUGACAGCCCCGGCAGUGCUGCAGUCGCACACACAGAGCUGCACAAGAGAGGGAAAGCACGCUCGCUCUCUCACUCUCUCCCUCCUCUCAUCCCUUGUCCAACUGCCGCUCUCGUAAACUCCUGCCUGCUGCUGAUGGCAGUGAUGGGCCUGACGGCACCGGCAGUGCUGCAGUCGACACACACGGAGCUGCACGAGAGGGACAGCACACUCGCUCUCUCGCGCUUCAGCAGCGUCAUGAUGCUCGUGGCCUACGCCUGUGAGUCAUGUGUGCCGCGCGCGCGUGCGGUGCGCGAUGAGUGUACACUGAGAGAUAGUGUGUGGCGCUUCAGCAGCGUCAUGAUGCUCGUGGCCUACGCCUGCUACCUCUACUUCCAGUUGAAAACGCACUCGCACCUAUACGUUGAUGGAGCAGCGGACGCGUGGGACAUCCCGGUGGCGUUCAUCAGCGUCAUCAUCCUGCCCAUCGUCAGCAGUGCUGCUGGAGCAGCGGACGCGUGGGACAUCCCGGUGGCCUUCAUCAGCAUUUUUCCCUGCGCUUCCUGCAUUGUCACCCCUCUCCACCGCACUGUUAUCCCCAACACCAGGGAGCAGCGGACGCAUGCCCUUGUGUGUGGUGGUGGGGUGGGCCAUGGGAGUGCCAGUGGGCCUUUCUUCUACCUGCCUUCCAACACACUCCUGUCUCUGCCCCUGCGCUUCCCAUCCUAUCCUAUCGCUUCUUUUCCUCCCGUCGGUGCCUGCAGAUGCCCUUGUGUGUGGUGGUGGGGUGGGCCAUGGGAGUGCCAGUGGGCCUUUCUGAGCAGAUCCCCUUCCACACCUACCCCUACCCUUUUGAGCAGAUCCCCUUCCACACCUUCUGUUGUGCCUGUUGGGUCAAUGUUGCUUCAACCAUUGAUUCGAGACAGCUUGAUUGACAUGCCCUUUACUUACAUCCCUUUUGUUUCGUCUGCCCAACUUCCCUCCGUGCAACCUCUUUUAUCUGCCCGACUCCCCUCCAUCACGUGCCUUUUGUCUGCCCGGUGUGCAGGAGGGAGAGCAAUUAUUUUCAAGGGCAUCAUGCUGGUGCUGAGCUAUCUAAUCGUCGCCGCCAGUUUCUAUGUGCACAACGAUAUUGAGGACCCAGAUGACCCAAUCCCCAUGGCGCCAGCUUCCGCUCCCUCACCGAUGCCAUUGGGAGGCUGA